UUUGAUAAAAUUUUGACCAAUUGAAUUACGAAUUCGAAAACGGAAUAAAAACAUGAUAAAUGAAUAAAUUUAUUUGUUUCAUCUGCAUUUUCUUGCACAUUUUACUUUGCAGAAAACUUUUGUUAUUAUUUUGUUGUUAUUUAGGCUUCACGAAAAGACAAGAAAAAUAAAAAAAAAUAAGAGUGCAAUGUAAAAGAAAAUCUAUUAUUAAAAUGUACGAUGAAAUUUUCAAACAGUCUCUUACAAAAACAUCAAUUUAUAAAUAUAUGUAUAUAAUAUGCAGAAAUGACGUAAUGUCUAUGUUCCUCGACUCAUUGGAUAGUAACAUAUGUUUUUGAAAUAUGCAAAUACAGGAUGACGUAACCAAUUUUUUCAAGUAGUUUUUUUAUAUCAAUAAAACGGUGUUUUCUGCUAUCGUGACUAUCGUCAUUUAUUUCUCACUCCGAUUGGCUACCGUCAAUAUUACUCAUCUCUUUGCUUUUCUAAAACGCAUGUGCACAAUCAGCUGAUUACACCGACUGCGUAUAAACAAUAGCGUAAAGCUGUCAGAUGAGUGCCAUUUCGUUCUGAGAAGAAAAUUAUUCUUCGGGAAGUUUAUUUGAAAAGUAUUUAAAAUAGAAUCUUUGAUAUCCGCGUGUUUCCGAUUUUGAUACUGUGGCUGAGACGAACAAUGCGCCUGGCGGUUCUUCUAAACACGAUAAUCGUUCUUUUGCUCUCUGUGCAAUCAGUGAGACUCUGGCACGUUAAAGCGAAACAAAUAUCACCCGUUAUUUUAGUUCCAGGUGAUGGCGGUAGUCAGAUCGAAGCAAAGAUUAACAAAACAUCAGUGGUACAUUAUAUCUGCGAGAAAGUAUCCAACAAUUAUUUUAGCCUAUGGCUAAAUAUGGAACUACUCGUACCUGUUGUGAUUGAUUGCUUUAUUGAUAACUUAAAGCUUAAUUAUGACAAUGUGACAAGAAUUACAAGUAAUCAGCCUGGAGUGGAUAUAAGGGUACCUGGAUGGGGCAAUCCAUUUGUAGUCGAAUAUAUAGACCCCAGUAAAGCUUCACCAGGCUCAUAUUUCAGUAAUAUUGGAAAUAUGUUGGUGAACAAUAUGGGAUAUGUCAGAAAUGUAUCAUUGCGUGGUGCGCCUUAUGAUUUCAGAAAAGGCCCUAAUGAAAGUGAAGAAUUCUUUGCCAAGUUGAAAACUCUGGUUGAAGAAACAUAUGCAAUAAAUAAUAAUACACCAGUAACACUAUUGGCUCACAGCAUGGGUGGACCUAUGACUCUUAUAAUGUUACAACGUCAAAGUCAGAAAUGGAAGGAUAAAUACAUAAAUUCCUUCAUCACUCUUAGCGCUGUAUGGGCAGGAUCUGUCAAAGCUAUCAAAGUAUUUGCCAUUGGAGACGACUUGGGUGCAUAUUUUCUUCGUGAAAGUGUAUUAAGAAGUGAACAGAUAACAAGUCCAAGUUUAGGAUGGUUACUACCUUCAAAAUUAUUUUGGAAAGAAACAGAAAUUUUGGUACAAUCGGAUUUAAAGAAUUAUACAUUGAAUAAUUUACAACAAUAUUUCAUAGAUAUAGGCAUUCCUAACGCUUGGGAAUUCAGAAAAGACAAUGAGAAAUAUCAGUUAGAUUUUACAGCACCAGGUGUCGAAGUACAUUGCUUAUACGGCAGUAAAGUGCAAACUGUGGAAAAGUUGUAUUAUAAACCAGGCACAGCUAUAGAUGGCUAUCCUCAAUUAAUAUUUGGAGAUGGAGAUGGAACUGUAAAUAUAAGGAGUUUGGAAGCAUGUACAUAUUGGCAAAAAUUACAGAAACAAAAAAUUUAUAAUCAAGGUUUUCCUAAAGUAGAUCACACUGACAUCUUAAAAAAUCCUGAUAUUUUAGCAUACAUCGCGACAGUUUUAAAAGUAUAACAUAGUUAUAAUACUGAUUUUUAUUAAUGAGGGACAAAAGAAUGCAACAAAUUAGGUAAUAUUAACAUCUUAAUAUUUUUUUAUUUGGUUUUAAUAUAAAUUAACAUGCAAAUGCAAUAAAAAAGUGACACUAAUGUGACUAAAUGUGAAAAUAUUGAGAAAUUGAUUAAAAUUGUAAGGAAUAGAUUCAAAUAAGAUUUGAUCCUAAAUCAACAAAACAAUUUUACGUAAGAUUAAAGUUGAAUGAUUCAUUUAUUGCUCGAAAUUUAUUACAAUUACUUAGUACAAGAAAUAAGUCAUUGUAAUUGAAAAUAUAUUUUUAUUAACUACAUUGUUCAUUAAAAUAUAUCAUUACAUAACAUACCAAUCAGAAUCAAUCAGAAAUAUUAUGAAAUAGUGCAAUUACAAAAAAAAAAAACACUUUGUAAAUAUCAAUACUUCCGCUCAUUGACUCUCAGCUCAUAUCCUAUAAAUAUAAUACUAUAUUUCCUCUUUAUACAUAUAUAUUUUUGUACUCGGUACAUAUGUACAUUUUAUCCAUUUUUAUGUUAUACUAAUCGUAUGAUCUCACAAAGAUGUAAUUAAUAUGACUAGUGAUAUAUAAUAAUUAUGUAUAAUAUUAUUCACAUCAAGUCUCUCCAUAUUAUAUACAAUAAUAUAUGUGUAUAUUUAAUAGCUGAUAUAUAGCACAGUUAGAAUAACAAUGAACUUCUAGUUCCACAAUUUACAAAUCACAAACUCAUUUUAUCAUAAAUAUAUAUCAAUGUCGUAUUUAUAUCUUUAUUUACAAUGCAAUAAACACUUAUAAUGGUGUUGAAUAAUAUUUGAAAAUAAAGAAACGUAUGUGAUGUAAAAUAUUAUUGUAGGAAAUUUAUCAACAAAUACGUAAACUUUCUAAGAUUUUUACUAUAAUUUCAAAAUUUUUUCUUGGUAUUUUAUCUAUAUGUGCAAUUUAUAUAUUUCUCUUUCUGUCUCUUUUUAGUAUAAAUCCGCAAAUAUGUGAACAUGUAAUAAAUAUUUAUUAGAUACAUUAAAAAUGUUUCUAUACAAAAUUACAUUUAUGUACAAAAUGAUAAAAGAUAAAUAUUCUAUAACAAUUUCUAGGUAUUGAUAUCAUUUCAUCUAUUGAUAAUUAAAUUCAUUCUGAUAAUGUAUAAUACACACACACACAUACACGCGCGGGCGAGCAAUUUAUAUGAAAUGUUAUUGUAAUAAUAAUGUAAAUUAAAUAAACAAAAAACUGAUCAUAAUUGAUGAUGGUAAAUAAAUGUUGUUAAAAAAUAA